UCGUUCCUCCAAGAAGCUCCUUCGGUUUCCUCAAAAUGAAGUCCUUCGUGUGUGUUGUUCUAUGCCUCGUGGUGGCCGCAUCCGCCAGCACCCAAAUGCAGGCAGCUGUCAAUGAUCUGGCGGCCGCUGGACAAACUUUAAGAAAUACCGUUCUGGCUGCAAACGUCCAAAAUCCAGCAAUUAAGAGCGUAUUGGCUCAAAUUUCCGCUGACGCCGAUGCCUUCAUUGCCAUUGCUCAGAGAGAUACCGCGAAACCAUGCCCUCUGGACGCCAUGAUGCAGAACGACCUGCUCGCCUCAUUUGGAAGCCUCACCAGCAUGCUCGGAGAACUGAACUCGGGAGUCCAGAACGCUGGAAACAUCCCAGUCGUAAAGGAUGCUCUGACCAGAUUCAUCAUGAAUGGAAACCCGGUGUUGAACAACAUCCAGAACGUGCUGGCCAGUAUUCCCGACGGUUCCGCCGCUGAAGCCGUUGAUGCCAUCCGCAAGGUUCAGAGUGAUCUCGCUUCCCUGCAAGUUGCCGCCCAGUUGUAAUUUUCUUAUCACCAAGGGCUCAAUGUAGCAAAAUUAGAAAAUUUUACCCAG